UAUGAUAUAUAUAUAUCUAAGAUGGACCCCUCUUGCUUCUAAUUCCAGAUAGAUAGUAUAUACCUCCAGUAUUUCAAGUAUCCCAAACUAUUCUUCCAAGAAUUCUCUCUGGGCUAUAUAUCCUUUUACCUCAGUUAGCCAGACAUCCAGCAGCAGCAGUACCAUGAAUGCAAAUUGGUCUCUUUUGGAUGGUGCUGUGCAUAAUUCUGCAAGUCAGUGUAGUUUCAGUUUUUGUUCACAGGAAACGCCAUGCACUUCAAUGCUAUCUGUCAAUUCUCCUUUUUCUGCUCAAACACAAACCAAUCAAGUAACUGGAUUUGCUUCUACCCAAUCAAAUGCCACUUCUCAUUUCCCUUUGGUUCAUUCCAAUAUGUUCUCUGCUCAAACUCAACACAGUGGAGUAACACCAUUUUCUCCGUUUUCUAGCCGAUCAAAUGCCAAUUCUCCUGCUUUCAAAAAACAAAAAAAUGCCAAUUCUCCUUUCCCUUCUGUUCAUUCAAAUCCCUUUAUUUCACCUCAAACUCAAAGCACUGCAGCAACUAAACUUUCACCAUUUGCACCAUUUUCCGGCCAUUCAAACACAAAUUCUCCUUUCCAAUAUGUUUUCUCAUCAAAUGCGUUUUCUGGUCAGACUCAAAGCAGUGGAGUAACCGGAUUUGCACCAUUUUCCAGCCAAUCAAACACAAAUUCUCCUUUCCCAUCAGUUUCUUCAAAUGCGUUUUCUGGUCAGACUAAUAGCAGUGGACUAACUGGAUUUGCACCAUUUUGUAGCCAAUCAAAUGCCAAUUCUUAUCUCUCAAAUUAUUCAAAUCCAUUCACCUCUCAAUCUCGGAGCUUUAACUCAACUCUGUCAACAACAAUCCCCAUAUCUGGAAGUAGAGUAGCACCUUAUGCUUCUGCUAAAGAACCAGAAGGGAAUUUUCAUUCCAUUUCUAGCAUGCCGGUUUACACGAGUAAAAGCCAUGAAGAACUGAGGUUUGAGGACUAUUCUCUUUGCAAUAAAGCUCCAUUACCUGUGUCAGCAUGGUCUCCUUUGGGUGGUGCACAGGCAACCCCAUUCACUUCAAUGCCAUCUGUCAAUUCUCCUUUUUCUGCUCAAACACAAACCAAUCAAGUAACUGGAUUUGCUUCUACCCAAUCAAAUGCCACUUCUCAUUUCCCUUUGGUUCAUUCCAAUAUGUUCUCUGCUCAAACUCAACACAGUGGAGUAACACCAUUUUCUCCGUUUUCUAGCCGAUCAAAUGCCAAUUCUCCUGCUUUCAAAAAACAAAAAAAUGCCAAUUCUCCUUUCCCUUCUGUUCAUUCAAAUCCCUUUAUUUCACCUCAAACUCAAAGCACUGCAGCAACUAAACUUUCACCAUUUGCACCAUUUUCCGGCCAUUCAAACACAAAUUCUCCUUUCCAAUAUGUUUUCUCAUCAAAUGCGUUUUCUGGUCAGACUCAAAGCAGUGGAGUAACCGGAUUUGCACCAUUUUCCAGCCAAUCAAACACAAAUUCUCCUUUCCCAUCAGUUUCUUCAAAUGCGUUUUCUGGUCAGACUAAUAGCAGUGGACUAACUGGAUUUGCACCAUUUUGUAGCCAAUCAAAUGCCAAUUCUUAUCUCUCAAAUUAUUCAAAUCCAUUCACCUCUCAAUCUCGGAGCUUUAACUCAACUCUGUCAACAACAAUCCCCAUAUCUGGAAGUAGAGUAGCACCUUAUGCUUCUGCUAAAGAACCAGAAGGGAAUUUUCAUUCCAUUUCUAGCAUGCCGGUUUACACGAGUAAAAGCCAUGAAGAACUGAGGUUUGAGGACUAUUCUCUUUGCAAUAAAGCUCCAUUACCUGUGUCAGCAUGGUCUCCUUUGGGUGGUGCACAGGCAACCCCAUUCACUUCAAUGCCAUCUGUCAAUUCUCCUUUUUCUGCUCAAACACCUUAUGCUUCUACUAAAGAACCAGAAGGGAAUUUUCAUUCCAUUUCUAGCAUGCCGGUUUACACAAGUAAAAGCCAUGAAGAACUGAGGUUUGAGGACUAUUCUCUUUCCAUAAAAGAUGGACAGUGUGCCACAACACAAACUGGAAAUGGAUUCCAGUUAAAUAAUUCCUUUUAUCCUUCUCUAUUCCCCUCUGUGAAGCCAACACAAACGGGUUUUAUUUCACCAGAAAAUACUCAAUCAAUUCCCUCAAAUUCACCUGGAUUGUUCACACCUUCUACUUCAGCAACAACACAGGAGAAUACUUUUGCAUCUUCAUCUGCUUUUGAUUUUCCCAAAUCACCAAAUAUUGCUCCACCAUUACCAUCCUUUGUUUCCAACUCAAGUGUAUCUCAAGUUUCAACUACUGAAUCGACCUUGUGCUCAAAUUGCAAUCACGCCAAAACUCAGUCACUCCAGCCAGGUUUAGUUGGACCAAGUACUAACCUUUCUCCCAAUCAACUGAAGCCAUCAAGCAUUCAACAGACUGUGCAGGAACUUGGGAAGGAUGAUGCAGUACCGGUGUCUUCUAGCCAUCCGGGAUCAGUGAUUUCGGUUCAAUAUGGAAUUUCUUCUUUAUCUGUUUCUGACAAGGCAGCUCCCACACGAAGAAGAUCCUUGCUCAUAGUUCGACAUCCUUCUUUGAAUCGAACUAAGAUGUUAUGUCCAAGAUACAGUCUUGAUAGCAAUGCUUCAAGGGUUCCUUUUUUCAUGGCUGGUGAGGAAAAGGCAACAGAAGGAGUUGCAAAGACAAAUUCUGCUAUAUUUCCAAGAGAAAAUCCCAGGUCUUGGAUUCAUCCUCCAACUAAAGAGUCUCCCCAAAGUCAUAAUCCAAACACAUUGCCUGAGAUGGAACAUACAUCUAUCAAUGUGUAUGGGAAUGGUAAUGUCACACUACAAGUGCAUCGGGCCAAAGAGAAGCAAACCGAUACUAGUGAGGGUGUGAUCAACUAUAAACAUGACACUAUUGAUGUUGAUGGCAUAAUGCCAAAGUUAAAGAACGACGACUACUACACAGAACCGUCAAUACAAGAAUUGGCAGCAAGGGAAAAGGAAGAGCCGGGGUUCUGCCACCGCGUUAAAGAUUUUGUGGUCGGAAGGCGAGGCUUUGGUUCCAUCAAGUUUACAGGAGAGACAGAUGUUGAAGGGCUUGAACUUGAUUCUCUAGUCCAAUUCAACUAUCAUGAGGUGGUUGUGUACAUGGAUGAUAGCAAGAAACCUGAAGUGAGAGAAGGCCUGAACAAGCCUGCUGAGGUGACACUUCUUAAUGUUAAGUGCAUCAACAAGAAGACAGGUGAGGAGUAUAAAGAUGGGCAUUUGGUUGACAAGUACAAGAAUCUGCUCAUCAGAAAGUCAGCAGAGCAAGGUGCAGAAUUUGUGUCUUAUGAUCCGGUGAAAGGGGAGUGGAAAUUCAAGGUCAUGCACUUUUGACCUUUCCAAGUUUAGGGUAUAGGGUAUGUACUUAGGGCUGUUAACGAACCGAACAUAAACGAACGGAGGCUGUUCGUGUUCGUUUAUUAAGGAUUUUGGGGUGUUCGUGUUCGUGUUCGUUUGUUAAGGUUUUUGAAAAUCCUGUUCA